AUGAAUUUCAGUGAUUAUUUAGUAUAUGCCAAAUCGCAAAUGGCUAAUUUGAAUCAAUUUCGUUCAAUAUGCAUCGUUAUGGGUAAUGAAUCGUGUGAUUUGGACUCAACGAUAAGUGCUUGCGUUUAUGCCUAUUUUCUUCAUACUAUUUGUUCAAAUCCAAAUGAAAUUCUUCAUCUACCUAUAAUGAAUACAAAUCAAAAUACAUUUGGUUUACGUCAUGAAAUUCGUUGGUUUCUUAAAGAUAAUUUUUCAAAUGUUAUUUUUAUUGAUGAUAUUAAUCUAAAUGAAUUAUAUGAUCAAAAGAAACUUGAAAUAAUUCUUGUUGAUCAUCAUUAUUUACAUUCGAAACUGAAUGAAGCUGUUGUCGAAAUCAUUGAUCAUCAUCAAAUUAAAAAAGAUUCAAUUUUAUUAAAAGAUUCAUCAGCAAUUAAAAUCGAACUUGUUGGUUCAUGUUGUACAUUGGUUGCUGAAAAAAUUCUUGCAUCAAAUUUUAAAAUGACUGAUGAAAUUGCAUAUCUAUUAACUGGACCAAUUAUAUUUGAUACAGUCAAUUUCUCAUCAAGCGCUGGGAAAACUACAGAAAAAGAUGAACAAAUUUAUGCCCAACUUCAAACUUAUCGUCAUUCACCAAUCGAUGAUUCAAAAUUAUAUGAAGAUUUAAGAAAAAGUUCAUGUGAUAUAACAGGCUUAUCAAUUCAAGAUUUAUUACAAAAAGAUGUGAAACCAAUUAUUGGAUCAAAUCUUCGACUUAUAAUGUCUAGUCUACCUAUGGAUUACACAGUUGAAAAAUUAAUUAAUGAAUCAAAAAAUUUAAAUGAUUUAAAUGAAUUUUUAUCAAAAAACGAUAAUGCUGAUGGUGUAAUUAUGACUUCAGUAGAAGUAAAAAAUGACGAAACAAAACGUCAAUUAGGUUUUUAUAUUAAAAAAUAUGAAUACAUACAACCGAUAUAUGAAUAUAUUCAAAGUAAUAAAAUUAAUCUCGAUUUACAUGAACGUGCUAUACCAUUAAACCAUGCAAAUAUUAAAUUAUUCGAUCAGAAAAAUAUUAAAGCAUCUCGUAAACAAAUACUACCAUUCAUCGAACAAUUCGUUAAAGAUUCAACGAAGUCAAAUACAUGUUAA